AAUGUGUUUAAAUUCUGUGCAGGUUACUGUUUUGGUUGAGUUGGGUUCUGUUUCAUUUCUGACAGAGAACUUAAGAAUGGCUUCCGACAAGAGCGAGAAUUGCCUUGGUUGGGCAGCUAGAGAUGAAUCGGGAGUUCUAUCCCCAUAUGAGUUUAACAGAAGGGCUGUUGGGAAAGAUGACAUUUCAGUAAGAAUAACACACUGUGGAAUGUGUUAUGCUGAUGUUCUUUACACCAGGGGUAAAUCUCGGAAGUCGCUAUAUCCUGUAGUACCAGGCCAUGAGAUAGUUGGAAUUGUACAAGAAGCUGGAUCUGAUGUUCAUCGCUUUAAAAUUGGAGACCAUGUUGGGGUGGGAACAUAUGUUAACUCAUGCAGGGAUUGCGAGUAUUGUGAUGAUGGGCUUGAAGUGCACUGUGCAGAUGGAAUUGUUCCCACCUUUAAUGGUGUUGAUGUCGACGGCACCAUCACUAAAGGAGGAUACUCCAGUUUCAUUGUUGUUCAUGAAAGAUACUGCUACAACAUACCUGAUAGCUAUCCGCUAGCUUUAGCAGCACCGUUGCUGUGUGCUGGCAUAACAGUCUACACUCCCAUGAUUCGUCACAAGAUGAACCAACCCGGAAAAUCCCUUGGGGUGAUUGGACUAGGCGGCCUCGGUCACUUGGCUGUGAAGUUCGGCAAGGCUUUUGGACUAAAUGUCACAGUUUUUAGCACAAGCAUGUCGAAAAAAGAGGAAGCCUUGACUAUCUUAGGAGCAGACAAAUUUGUAGUCUCCUCCGACAAGGAGCAAAUGAAGACUCUAGACAAAUCCCUGGACUUCAUUAUUGACACAGCAUCAGGUGAUCAUAUAUUUGAUCCAUACAUAUCCACUCUGAAGACUGCUGGAGUCCUGGUCUUGGUGGGCGCUCCAAAUGAAAUCAAGCUGAGUCCUCUGAACCUUCUUCUAGGUAUGAUAACCAUUUCAGGAAGUGUAGUGGGUGGCACAAAACGUACACAAGAAAUGUUGGAUUUUUGUGGCACUCACAAAAUCCACCCAAAAAUAGAAAUCAUACCGAUUCAGUCUGUUAAUGAAGCCCUUGAGAGGCUGAUAAAGAACGACGUCAAGUAUCGGUUUGUGAUUGACAUAGAAAACUCCCUCAAGUGAUAUACAGCACUCCCGAGGAAUGGCACAGUGAUGAAAGAAAACUCUUCAGCAUUCAGUUCCACUAGUUUCUUUUAGCAACAGCCUGAGAAUAAAAUAAAUAGCAUUGUGUCUGCUUUCAAGU